AAUAUGGCAUCAAGGAAUCCUGGUAUGGCGUCAGCUGGAGGUGCUCUUCGAGAUAGUAAUGGCGAUUGGAUUGGAGGUUUUUGCUGCAAAAUAGGGAAUGGUACAACCAUCGUAGCUGAACUCUGGGGAAUCUACCAACGACUCCUUUAUGUGUGGAGGGAGAGAGUUUGUAUGUUAAUCCUGUAAACCGACUCCAAGUUGGAUAUUGAUUUGAUCAAAUACAAGGAAUAUCCAGUUCAUCCCCAUGCCACACUGCUAAGUGCUAUUCGUAAAACGUUAACGCAAGACUGGAUAGUUCAGAUAGUCCAUACGUACCGUACGUGAAGAAAAUAGAGUCGCAGAUUGGCUCUCGAAGCACAGUCUCGUCUAUCCCUUUGGUACGUAUGAGCUAACCGAACUUCCAUCUGAUAUCAAUCGGAUUCUCCGGGAGGACAUGCUUGGGCUUAGCUUCCCUCGUCGGGUACUCAUACCCCAACACUGAGGUCUCUUCUGAGAGGUGUUCGAGCACUUUGUUUACUACUCUAGCAUCCUAUUUUUAGCCCAUUUGUUUUCAGGAUAGCCAGAGCUUUCACCCCGACCUGAGGUGGUGAUCACUAGGGAUGUCAAUGGGUCGGGUUGGGGCGGGUUUUGUCAAACCCAAACCCAAACCCAUGGGUUUAUCCGGAAAAAAAAACCGGGGUAAAACCCGUUGGGUUUGAAAAACUCAAACCCAACCCAACCCGCUGGGUAUCCGUGGGUUCAUGGGUACCCGUGGGUUUUUGUGGUAAAAAAUUUACAAUAACAAGUUUAUUUCAAAAUAAAAGUUUAACAUCAAUUUUCUCAUACAAAUUAAUCAUACAAAAAAACACUAAUCUAGAGCAUACAAGCAAACCGCAAAUGAUCAAUACAAAUUGUUCAAAAUUAAAGAUAAACAUCUAUAAACAAAAGAUUAAUUGAAAACUUCUUCCUCGUCAACUAAGUUUCUUCACUCUCCACUUCAUAAUAUCAACUUCAUUCUAAACAAUUAGAAAGAACAAAUUAUACAUGUCUCCAUAAACAUAAAAAAUAUUAAUUGUUUAAGAAAAAUAUAUUAUUUAGAAUAUUAAAUAUACCGGGAAAAUAAUUAUAUGUGUGUGGGCGGGUACCCAUGGAUCGGGUUUACCUAAACCCAAACCCAACCCGACCCGGUGAAUAGUGUAACGGGUUUAAACCCGAACCCGGCCCAAAACCCGUCAACACGGAUUUUACCCGCGUUAACCGGAUUGGGUCGGGUGGGUACCCGCGGAUUCGGGUUUUGUUGCCAUCCCUGGUGAUCACUCCCUAUGUUUUGUUCAUUGGCUUAAUGCCUCCCCGUUAAAAAAACGAUUAAAAAGUCAUGUCAUACCGAAUAAGUCUAUAACAAUAGUGUAUUUUAUGGAGCAAUGUGGUUCAACUAUUUUAUACCAAUAAAAUAUUAUUUUUAAAAUAAAAUAAAAUAUAUUAGUUAAAUACCGUAAAAAAAUGCUAUUGUAUUGGAAAAAUCGCAGAAUUACACAUGACAUCAAAGAGUCAAAUAAUGAAUAAUUGAAUUGGAGAAACUAAGGAAAAAAAGAUACAUAAAGUAAAAUUCACAAGUUCACCAACUAUUCUUAUAAUUAAGUCUAAAUAAUUUCAAACUACAAACACUACCUUUUGUUUUCUGGCGAGAAAACUUUAUGCCCCGUUUAGUAUUCAUUCUGUUUUCUUAUUUCUGGACAACGGAAAAGGUAAUCUGAAGAAAAGGAAUCUGUCAUUUCCUGAAAAACAAAAUCUGAAGAAAACUUGUUUAGCUGAGAAUUUAGAGGGUUCUGAAACCUGAAAAUGAAAACUUGUUUAGAUACAAUUGUUACAAACUGAUAUCUGUUUUGAAUAGGAAUCAUGUUUUAAACAAAUAAACAAAACAAUAGUGUAUAACCAAUAUUUUAAGAAGUACAACUACAAUAUCAAAUAUCAAUUAAGUGAUAACAUCAAAUAAUUUCAGCUUGAAAGUCAUUGCGCAACUUGUAUGCUAUUUCACCAUGUCGAAUAUCUAUCGCACGAAUUUGAGUUGAAUCGAUAUCAUACACUUCAAUUUAUUGUACUCCUUGGACUUCUUUGUCGCAUUCUUGGUCUUCAUCAACAAUGAUGGUCGUGAAAACCCUUUGCUUUAUCCUCGACAGAUUAAACUUGUUCUUUAAAUCAUCAGUACUAAGUACUAACCUUCCUAAACAAAUCCCUCGUAUUAGAUAUACAACAAGUAAUCAAACACCAACAAAAGAUUCGGCAUAAUCAAUUAGAAGGGACAUGCAUGGGUUAAUUAGCGGGACACAUGGGUUAAUUAGAAGCUAUGUUGUAUCUAAAAAAAAACUAUGUGAUGACUCGAUAUUUGCACAUGUUUUCCCCUUUGUUUCGUGAUCGUUUAAGUUUGCAUUAUCGCUUAUUUGGCCUAUUUUAUGCUAGGUUGUGUUUCUUUGUCACAUUUUAGGUCCCAAUCGUCGAAGGAAAAGCUAGGCGUAAGUUUCAAGUAAAUCGGAUACCAAUUUGCGAUUCGGGAGAAGAAACUUGGCAUGACCUGAAGAAGAAUGGAUUUAUAACUCAUUUAUGGAUGAAGAAUCAUGCAAGCUUGUGAUGAAAAGAAAUAGGACGAGACUAAGAGCGUUUGGGAUCAAACAGCGACUGAUUUGGAGUCCGGACGAGGGAGAAACGAAGCAUUGAAUAUAGGGGAACAUGUUCGGCAGUAAAAACACGGGCAGACUACCCUAAAAAUACGGCCGUAUUUUAUCUGCCCCCCGCUAGUGUUUUUACUGCUGAGGGCGUGUCCUGAGGGCUACUGGGGGCAAAACACGGGCGGGCAAAAGUAAAACACGGUCGUGUCCUUGACCGUGUUUUGCCCAGAAUCGGGUUUUUUAGGCAGAUUCAAGCCAAAGGAAAGAGUGAGCUGGGUUUUGGUUCCCAAACACCCAAGGAACGAACCCUAGAGAGAGAGAGCGACUUGGGAACAUUCUUGGAGCUAUUUUGAAGGAUUUCUUUGCCAUUGGAGCUCGGGAAUCAAGCUUAGAGAUGGAGAUUGAGGAUCUAGAUCAGAUUUCUGCAGUCUCUCUCUUCUCUAUGGAGUAACUUCUCUUCACCUAGGUUUUGAGGAACCCUAGUUCCAUGUGUUAGGAUCUUUCUUGUAUGAAGUUUUGGAUGCUAUAUUGUUUGAUUAUAAUCGAUUGAGGCAUGAUUUAUUGAGUCAAUUGAAGCCUGAUCAUCUUCUCUUGAUUUAUGCUUUAACCUAUGAUAGAUAGAAUCUGAUUAGGUUAAGGGAGCUUCCUUGAUUGAUAGUGGUGAAUUGGUUGUGCGAGAGUCAAUCAAUUUGCUGCUUUGUACUGGAAUUCAUUCCAGUAGUGGAGAUCUGCGUGAAUCGCCUUAGCAGUCUAUCCCGGUGAAGGCUAGUCGCCUGCCGGGUAUUCUGUCUAAGAGGGCUUGGUCAACUUAAGAGAUUCCAAGCUAAUUUAGGAUCUUUCGCAGUUUAAUCAACAGUAGAUCAACCAAAGGUAAUUGCAACUUGGACCUAAUUGAGGAGCAAGGGAGAAUCAUACCUAAGUGAGUUCCCAACUUGUAAUUAGUAGAGUAGUUUAGUAAAUCAAUCCUUAAUCUAGUUUGCUAGAUAAUGAACUGAAGCUGAGUAAUAGUAACUCUAGAGACCCGUGGAUUCGAUAUUUAUUACUUGUGUCACUAUACUGCAUUCCCUUUCAUUGGUUACACUUGGCCAUUGUUAGGUGUUGUGUUUUAGUGUGUCAAGUUUUUGGCACCGUUGCCGAGGAUUUUCUAGAUUAUAGGAAAGGCAGAAGUUUGUUACUUUAGCUUUUUUCCACUAUUGCUUUUCACUUGGGUGUUUUUGUUUUUGUUGGUGCAGAUCUGAAUCAUGGAUCCUAAUGGCUUUGCCAACCAGUUGGGGUAUCCACCACCAUCUGAGUGGUAUUACCCCAAGACUUCCUGGAGCAAUCAAGGAGGAGAAGACUAUGGAUUCGGGUUCCAGUACCAACCCCCUUACUACGGAGAACAAUCAGACCCAUGGGUAUAUCAAGAACAACCUCCUUAUCAAGAAGAAUUCCUCCCACAACCAGAAGGGACAUCAGAUCUUGAUUUAGCCACAGCUCUCUCGGGCCAUCCGGCAGAGCCAUGCUACACACCACGGCCAGAUCCAAACUAUCACUUGAGGCUUCUCGUGGAGCAGAUUGCUCGAGUACCUGAGAGAUCCUUUCCCGAGAUGGAUCCUCAUAUCCAGACCAUUGCCCAAACUGACUUCUCCUUUCCUCGUGAAACAGAGGAUACCCUUCGGAGCAUAAAGAAGCACAUAGAGGUCAUUGAGAAAACUUGUUCACAGUUUUCUCAAGACAACCUUUAUGCUGCCAUACAAGUAGAGGAGGAGGAGGAAGAAGGCAAUCAUGAGGAUGUUGAGGAGCAUACAAAAGUUGUCACGGAAUGCUCCCAUGAUAAUCAUGAUCAAGUGUAUCCUCUGGUGGUAGAUCACAACUUUCCCCAUUUUCGCUCUGACAUGCUGGGUCCGAGCGAGGAGAUGCAAGCUGAACUUAUUGAGAACCUUGCAUGGCGACUUGCUCUCCAAUCCGUUAUGGAAGAAGAAGAAGAGAGAGAAAGGAUGAGGAAAGAAGUUGUGGAGGAUGAGGAAGAAAGAAAAGAAGAGGUAGUUCUUGAUCUUUUCCAAGGAGAGAGACCACAUUUUGAAAAAGGAAGGGGGGUUGAAGAAGCGAGUGGUGUCCAGGCUAAGGAUGAAGUUGAGGUGGAAGAGGCUUGCACCGACCCUUUAAUACAAGUAAUAUCCCCACCAAACUUCGAGGAACUGCUUAGCAAGGACCCAUUUGCAGUGUCUCUUUGCAAGACCAAGGCCACAUCGACAUCGGUCCCUCUUGGUGGACGCGAUGGUGGUCAGUCGAUACAAUUAUAUUUGGUUUAGGGCAAUAAGACAAGAGAAGAAACGAGGAAGAGGUCUCGAGGGUGGAGACUUCAACUGCAUCAAACGCAUGAGCCUUCAUCACCUGCCACACCACCUGCUCGUGACUUGAGACUCCACCUCAUAGAUGAGAACCUCAACUUCAAAGAGGUUCUAGCAUGGACCGAAACUUAGGAGCUACCGUCCGGCUCACGACGUAAAAGAAGCGCUUGUUGGGAGGCAACCCAACUAGUCGGUUUGCAUUUCUUUCCCUAUCUCGCAUCGGUUGAGUAAGUUUUGUUCUUUGAUUUUAGGUCAAUAACUCAACCUUUGUGAGAUUUUAUGUGGUGUUUGUGUUCCGACUACUCUCUCCUUCUAGAAUGCACCGCCUGUCCCGCCCACCAUCAUUCACCCUUGAUCUGGUAACUUCGUUCUACCCUCCUUAUCUUUUCUCCAUUGAGGACAAUGUCACGCUUAAGUGUGUGUGUGGGGGGGGGGGGUGUUCGAUUAUGUAUGCGUGUGAAUGUUUGGCUGUAUGUGUGUGCUUGGAGCCUAGUCCACUGUCCAAAUUUUGAUUUGAGAGCUCCAAGCACGUGUUACUUGCAAUUGCUUGCUCAAUAUGCUUUGAAUUGACAGUCUUUAUAGUAAUAUGCAACCUAGGGAGGUAGUGUAGCACUAUGGAGGAUGUUGAUGCAUUUAAGAAGUCUCAUUUCUUCUUCAUAUUGUGUUGGUUGAUUGUGUGAAUUAGUGAUCUUAGGACCCUUAAAUUGUUUGGUAUUCUGGACUCUCUACCUGUCAUGGACUCCUGUAUCAUGUUUUGGAAAAAAGGUGCUCUAAAUUGUGCUUUUAAAAUAAAGUCUCCCGUGCGAAAAGGGUGAAAGUGUGUAAGGGGAGACGGGAAUCCGUUCCCAAUUUCCACCUACUACCUCCAUCCCCCUUACAUUUCCUUCCCCUGCACGAGGCUCGAGACAUCUUCUCCCGGCAUGGCGACUCGAGAUCAUUUUUCCUCUAAUCACUAUUUGCCAUGAUGCCGACUCGAGGCUAGAGUUCUCGUUGAAGAAGCUAGGAGGUGUCUUGUGCGUCGGUUGACCUCGUAAGCUGCUAAAUGAUCUAGGAAAUCCUCUACCAACGAUCGGGGUGACAUGUUGCUAUAAAGGUCUGGAGAGUUGCAUUGGUUUGAGUCGGGUUUGCUUAGGGACAAGCAAACGGUUAAGUGUGGGGGGAUUUGACGACUCGAUAUUUGCACAUGUUUUCCCCUUUGUUUCUUGAUCAUUUAAGCUUGCAUUAUCGCUUAUUUGGCCUAUUUUACGCUAGGUUGUGUUUAUUUGUCACAUUUCAGGUCCCAAGCAUCAAAGGAAAGAUUAGGCGCAAGUUUCAAGUCAAUCGGAUACCAAUUGGCGAUUCGGGAGAAGAAAUUCGGGCAUGACCUGAAGAAGAAUGGAUUUAUACCUCAUUUAUGGAUGAAGAAUCAUGCAAUAUUUUAAUGAAAAGAAAUAGGACGAUACUACGAGCGUCUUGGAUCAAAAGUAAAAACACGGCAGUAAAAACGAAGCAUUGAA